CAGUACUUACUACUUGUGGGUACUCUUGGAGAGGAGAUAGAACAAAUCCCAAAUUAUAUAGACCAUAAGACUGUUAAUCCUAUUGAGAGAUCAUUAUCACCUACUCAAUCCCAUCAGUCUUAUGAGCUGAUUUAAGCUACAAAAUCCCUUCAGAUCCGCUAUUCCAAUGAUAAAAAGAACCAAGUCAUAAUCAUGUGACAGUAGAAAUUCUAAUGAAGGAAGACCAAUAAGAGCAUUAGGUUCUGCUAAACAUGCGGCAUUAUGCUCUUCCUAUAACACUGAUUUUGUAAUCUUAGCCUACAAUAGAAUAUCGAUGGCUUUGGCAUUUAAGUAAGAGCCUGCUCUAGUACUAGAUUAGAUCCCAGAAAUAUUUCUAUAUAUGUGA